CUUGUCUAUCGAUCGGUCGAUGAAUGUCGACAACAAUUGGCACAACAAUGACAUAAUCACCGCACAAGACAUACACUCAUGAGUGUCGUGUUCACUGAACACAACGACAGUGCGAAUGGAGAGUGAAGUGGACGUCAUGUCCAGCAAAGGCAAGGGAUGGCCGAAGUCGCGAUCGCUGCUCAAAGAGGUGCUCAUCGGACGCCAUAUGAAUGGCUUACUAGCGGUUCCGGCGGAGACGCCACCGAUCAGUGGCACCAUUGAUGACCACACCAGCGAUGCCGAGGACGAGGCGCUCAUCGGAUACCACACGCGAGAGAUCCAACGCAUUGAAGCCAUUCAGGCGUACUACAAGAACAAGAUAUUGCAACUCAAGACCUACUCAUGCGAUCGCCGCAAACGCCGCAGACUGAGGCCCACCACCGGUCGCCCCACCCGUGCGCCC